CAAUGAACAACAAUUUUAUGCAAUGGACUGAUCAAAAUUGAGUGCUCUUUCGAAUCUAUGGCGGGUAAAAUUCAGAAGGAAUGGUUUAUAACGUUUCAGCCGCGAGUCAAUAAAACAUGUUGGCACACGCCGAAAUUCUCCGACUUUAGCUGGGAUUUAAAACCCUUCACGUUGAAGCACGACUUGUUGUUGUUGGUGUGAAAUCGAAUAUUAUUCUUUUGUUUUUGUUAAAAAGUGCUCUGGACACGUAUGAUGCCAGACAUGUAAAUAAUGAAACCCAAGGUCAUCAUUGAGAGGUCAAGGUGAAAGAUGACAGACAGGAGUGCACUCAACCCUGGCCUGAGCAUGAUGAACUUUGAUGGCCUUGACCUGCAAAAUCAACAGGAAAAGGAACUUCAAAGAGAAAGCGAACAGCAGCAAAACGAGCUGAAGGCACUGUUAAAGGACGCAUUUGAUGAUCUUAUAGAUGAGGAUGACGAGUUUUCUGUCACAUCGGAUGAGGGCGGAGAUUCACGAAAUCACAGCCUCCAUUUCAGAUCCAAAGAAGAAACAGAGACAAUUGUAGAAGAGGAUGAGCAGCCCUCGGGUCUGUUGUUUGGGAGGGAGGGCUGGAACAGACGGACCUUUCCCCUCCCCACCUCCACCCCCCUCGGGGGACUCCCGACCAUCGCUCAGAGCCCCUAUGGCUCGAUGUCCUCACUGAGACAAUCUCAGGACAGUCUCAGGGCAUCUCAGGAGCAGCUCAGGGCAUCUCAGGAAGGAAUUUUAAGAAGAUCCCACGAGGGUUUGCUUGAGAGCGAUGGUUACCAUAGUAACAGUGAACAAAGCAGCACCAAAUCAGCCAAUCACCAUCACAACAGGCAUCACUUCCACCAAGUACACGACUGGACCGGACAAGACGUGUUUUCACAUCCGGGUCAGCCGAACGUUUACACCCCCGCCCACGAGGAGAACAGGUACGUUCCGCACCACGGGUCCUCGGAGGAACACCAUCACGGAUACCGGGAAAUUCCGGAGCGACAGUCUGGAGACGGUGGAGUGGACGACCAAUCGGAAGUUCCGGGACACAUUCCUGGUCACUACCACUAUCAACAUCUCUAUCACUACGCUGCCUACUACAGAGAUAGACAUGAUGAGGAUGAACACCCAAGGACAGACAACCCCUACAUGAUGUAUUCAGACACACCACAUUCUCAAGGAUACCAGCACACUUUACAGUCAGACCAAGGCUAUGUUACCAAUGCUACCUCAGUCUCACAUGGGCAUCCUGCCCAUGCCACCCCAAUCUCAAGGGGGCAUCCUGUUCACUCUUCUCAAGAAGGGGCUGUUCAUGAUAAUGCUCCGGAACGGGACUACAGGGGAGAUUAUCAGGUCGCCUACAAACGCAGGGAAGACCAUGAGGAGAGUGAGAGUGAGGAAGAAGUUCCGGAGGUCAAGGAAAAACGACAGAAACUCGAGGAAGGACAGGACAGCUCUGGUGCUGCACCAGCCGGUGCCCUGGAUGGUAGACAGCUUGCCCAGCUCCAGAUCCUGUACAAAGCCCGGGGCAACAAGCUGGAGGAGAUGACCAAGGACUUUGACCAGUACAAGGCGGAGACCAGCCGCGAAAUCCGCAUCCUGAAGCACCAGAUAUCACUUGCAAAAGGUGAAAAAGAAGGGACUUCCUGCAGUCUAAAGCAAAGUCAUGAUCUUCUACUGGAGUCUAAAACAGAGAAUGCUCAGUUAAAGGGAAAACUACAGGCUACUGAAAGUCAAGUGGAGGCUCUUCAGAGGGGGAAAGAUGAGGCAGUGAAGAGUUUGCAGACAGCUGAGUCAACUAUAGAGACCCUGAACCAGCAGCUCGCUGAGAUGGGAGCCUCAGACAGUCUCAGCCGAGCUCGAGUUGAGCACGAUCGAGUUUUGGCAGGAGUCCAACAAAGACACGACAAGGAGGUCAAAGUCCUGAAAGAAAAGAUCGAGAAUCUGACGGACAAACUGAAUGAAGUGAAUGCAGAAAACUCGACACUGAGACAGAAGUUGAACGAGAGCUACAAAGAAGCCGAGAACGUUCAGAUCUCGCGAGCCGAGACGAUCAAUCGUCUCACAAGGAGCCUAGAGGAAUCCCAGAAACAAUGCCAGAUGCUUCUAGAGUCAGCUUCGUCCCAUGAGACGAGUCAGUUGAAGAUUAAACUACAACAGACCACGGCAUCCAAGAAAAUCGCUGACGAAAUGAUCCUCUCCUACCAGGACGAGAUCAAGGACUUGAAAGAACAGCUGAACAUGUUUGAGGCGGCGUCGUGUCUGGGUGUGCUCAGUCAAGAGACGACGCGCGACACGAUCCACGACGACUCCAUGAUGGACCUCGGCAUCAAGAAACACCUCGACUUUGACGACACGCCAGAACCCGUCAAAUUCGUUUCUACUCAGAAAGGAGCCGAGUCACAUGACUUGGUGAGCAAUCUAAAAAUAGAACUGGAGCGCUGUCUGCUCAGCAACAAGGAGAAGAGAAUCCAAGUAAAUAAGCUUCAGGAGGAACUACGCACAUGCAAGAAAGACCUAGAGGAGUUCCGAAUGCGCUGCGAGAGAGCAGAAAAGUCCGAGACUGACCUAAAGUCGAAGCUAGAGGACUGGGAGGAGUUAGUGAGGUCGGAUGACAAGGUGUCGGCCGUCGAGGCGCGGCUACAGAAAGACAUCAAGAACCUCAAACGGGAGAAGGAGGUCCUCUCCGAGGACGUUGAGGAGCUGAAGAAGAGGCUGGAGGAGGUGGCGUCCAGCGAGGAGAAGUUGUCCGAGAUAAACCAACAGCUCACCCAACAGAUGUCUCAGAUGGUGCGUGAGUACGACCAGGACAAGCGAGAGGCGCUCGACCGGUGCCAGCGAGCGUGCGAGUCCGUCCAUGAGACAGCCAAGGAACAACUCCGGCUCACUAUGAUGGAGGAGUUCACGGCUGAGCAGUCCGAGCUCAUCACCAAAUAUGAGAGGGAGUGUACUCAGCUCAGAAAUGAAUUGAACUCGGCCAUGAAAGAGGUGGACCAGGUUAAGGAGCUGUAUGUCAAAGUCUGCGCGGAGAAAGAUCUCCUGGAGGAGAGGAUGAAGGAAGAGGGGGAGACAGCGGUGUCCAAGAAGUUACAGGAGCUGAGGGAAGAACUUGAGACAGACAAAGAGAAAGCCCUGGACAAACUGAGGGAAGAUCUAGCGGCGGACGAAGAGAAGAUUCGCUCUGAACUGUCCGAGACCCUAAACAGGAAGAUGAAAGAGGACAGUCAGAAACUACUGGAGACGAAGAUCGCCAUGUGUAAGAUGGAGUGGUUCGAGGAACAGCGGACAGCUAAACAAGCGGCGGUGGAUAACGCUGUCAAACUGACCACCGCCGAGUGGAGGUCUAAACUAGACAACGCCGUGGAACAGGAAGUGGAGGCGCGGCUUGAAGAAGCAAAGAAAAACUGGCUUACAGAAAGGAAGGAAAUCUUUGAUUCCCAAUUGACACAGGAGAAAGAAAAGUUCAGAAAGACAGCAGAAAACGAACUCCAGCAGAAAGUGGAAGAAGAGAGAGAGAAGUGGAGAAAGACAACAGAAAAUCAACUCCAGCAGAAACUUCAGGAAGAGAAGGAAGCCUGGCAGACAGAGUCAGAGAAAAAUCUGCAGGAAAAACUGAGAGAGGAGAGGGAAUCACUGAGGAAGGAACUAGAAAAGGAGAACCAGCUAAAGGUCACUGAUAACAGGGAAUUGUGGGAAAAGGAAGUUCAAGAAAAGAUUCAGAAAGAGAAAGCAUUGUGGGAGAAAAAAGCAGAGGAGGAACUAAUGUCGGCCAAGCGAGCCUGGGAAAAGGCGGCGGAGGAGAAGUUGUCGUCAGAGCGUGACGCCUGGGAUAAAGAGGUGGAGGAAAAAUUCAUGGAGGAGCGACAGGAGUGGAACAAGGCGUCAAAAGCGGAAAUACAGGCCCGGGUGACCAAAGCCAUAGAGGAGUGUCAGAGAGAGGCGGAGAAGGAAAUGAGACGGGCGCUGGACAAAGAAAGGUCAAAGGUCACAACAAAAGUGGAGACGGACAAAGAGUCAUGGCUGAAGAAAGAGAAGGAGAGGUGGCAGAGGAAGGCGGACGCCGAUUACCAGGAGCGGAUCCAGAAAGAACAGAAGGAGUGGGAGGAGAAGACCGAGCUGGAAAUACUGGACAGGAUCCGAGCAGAAAAGCAAAAAUGGAAUGAAGCCAAAGAAAAAGAGAUUCAAGAGAAGAUAACCCAAGAGCAGAAGAACUGGGAGCAGAGCAUCGAAUUGCAGACCCAGGAGCGGAUCGAGGCUGAAGUAGAGGAGCGGAUCCAACAGGGGCGGGCCCAGUGGAAGGCAGCCGCCGACAGGAAGUUGUCAGAGGAAAUUCAGUCUGCCGUAGAAAAGGCUCGCAGAGAAUGGGACGACUGCCAUGAUGAGAAUAUGCAGAAAAUCCGGGACGACAUGGAGGAGUCCAUACAGGAGAGGAUCGCUACCGAGAUUUCGAUGGCAUUGGAAGAAUCUAAAAAACUGUGGCAGAAAGAACAUGAUGCAGACAUGGUGGCCAAUAAUUCGUCCAAUGAAAUUUCACAGAGUGUAUUGAAAGAGGAAAUAGAUUCUCUGAAAAAGGAACUGGAAUCCCUGACGGCGGAAAUGAAGUCUCGUGCGGAAACUUUCCGUCGAGAAAAGGUGGAGUUGGUACGUCAGAAGGACACUGAGCGGAAGCAAGCGGUUGAGGAGGUACAAGAUCAGUGUGAGCGGGACUACAAACAGUUCACUGCAGACCACCAUGACACGCUCACACUGGCACUCAAAACCGCUCGUGAGCAGCACAGCCGAGAGAAGAUGGAGCUUGAGAAGAGACAUGCUGAAGAAAUCAGAAAGUACCAGUUUAAAGAAAACCAGCUAAAAGAGAAUUUGAAAAAGGCCACUUCUGAAAAGAACAUCAAUCAGUCUGAAGAAGAUGAAAAUUACCAAAAGGAAAGGGAAUUAUGGGAAAAAGAGAAUUAUCGACUGAAACAGGAAGUUUUGGAGCGAGACCAACUUUUGGAGAAAGCCGAUCGGCACCUCGCACAAGAAGUGGAGCGACUUCGGCAGGAACUGGAAACUGCUUAUCAGAGUCGGCUGAAUGAAGAAAAAUUGAAUUUGAAGCAAGAAUUCGAGCAAGGAAAACAUGGUGACAAAUCGGAACUGGAGGCGAGACUACGUGACCUGAAGCACGAGAAAGAGAGAUUCCGAACAGAGCUCGGGAAAGUCACCGAAGAAAAUAAAAAAGUGAUCGACGAGAUUCAUAAAGUCACGGACGAAAGUUACAAGGUCAAAUGUCAAAUUCAUAAACUCGGGGAGGAGAAUAAGAGAUUAAAGGAGGAGAUACGGUCAAUGAAGGAGCAGGGUUUUGGGGAGAGUAAGAGGUAUGUCAAGGAGAUUCAGGAUUUGAAGGGUAAACUGGAAAACCAGGACAAAAAAAUGUACGAUCAGCAGGGUCAAGAGGUGGAAGUUCAAAGGUUAAAGGUCGAGUGUGAAAAACUGCGGUCAGAGAACAAUGUGAUAUCAACGAUUCGGGAGGAAUCUGAGAGACUGAAAUCUAAAUGGCAGGACAUUCUGUCAGAGAAAUCAGAACUUGAGGAGAAGUUUUCGAGAAUAGAGAUGGACCUUAGACAGAGUGAGAAGGAGAAGUUGGAAAUGGUUGAAAAUUACGGCAUGUUGAAAACGGAGCUGGAAAAGGUGGCUUCGGAGAAGUCUCUGUUUUCUGAAAACGUGAAAAAUCUGGAAAUGGCGUACAAGAAAGACUUGGCUCAGCAGAAGCAGAAACAGGAGGAGAGUCAGGCCCGGCUGAUGCGCUCCGAGAAAAUGCUCCAGGAUAUAAAGCAGUAUUACAAAAGUGAGAUUGAAAAAGUGAAGAAGUCGCUGGAGCGAGACAACAGCAUCGCAAUGGAGUCGAUGAAAAACAAGAUGAGAGAGAUGGCCAAGGCUCACAGUACUGCCAUGUCCGCCCUGACGCGACAAUACAAGGAGGAGGUCCAGGAGAUGAGGGAAAGCUCGGCGGAAAAGUGUCUCAGUGACACGGAGGUACAGACUGACUCGGAGGACCUGAGUGAUGACAGCAUGUUUGAGUUGAGGGACCAGUACCUGGACACAGUCAACAAGAUCAAAGACGAUGUGAUGAAGCACAUCACGGACACAAACAUGCGAGCGGCGGACACGGUGAGGCUGGAGCUACAGAAGGAGCGACACACCACGCUAGUACAGCUAAAGAAGGUCUACAUGGAGAACGUCCGCAAAGUCCUGCACAAUGAAAUCAUCGGAGCGAAUAUUGAGGCCAAACUAGCAGACAUAGAAGAGGCUCUGGAUGCAAUUUCUUUUGAUAAAAGCUCAAGGUCAAGUUCAAGGUCAACAACCCCUAGAAGUGAAAUGUCAACUCCUGUGUUAGGUCAUGGUCAUUCCGAACCAAAAUCAGAGUCGGGGAUCAAAGUUCAAGGCAGGGGGGACAUGAAUCUUGGAUUAGAGAAGCAGACGUCUGAGUUCAGUAGGAGACAUAAUGACUACCACUCCCAACACAAUGGAUACUCUGUGUCAAGGUCGUAUCAGGAUAUCCGAAUUGCUCCUGUCUCAAGGUCAAAUGACUACAUGUCAAUGGCAAGGUCACAUGAUUACUCCAGUGAAAUUUCAAGGUCGCGACCCCGAUCAGCUGGAGAUGGGUCAGCCAGAAAGUUGGAGAGGGACGCGAGAGAUCAGGUUUCGUACAAAAUGAACAGUGAUUUGCAUUUGGAAAUACCUACCAAUGGAAUUUCGCAUAACAACUUGCAUCACUCUCCAGAGAGGUUGGAGAUGAGACACACGCGAGACAAAAGUCGGAUAAGUCGCAGUUCUAGGGACCGGUCAGUAAGCAAAGAGGUGACCUUUAGUAAAGACUGUAAGAGGUCCUCCCCGGAGAGACUGGAAUAUGGAAGACUUCAUCCAAACAUCACAUCUCGUAAACUCUCUCCCCGUGAUCAUUCCACGUCUAAUGAGAAUUCAGAUCAGGAGUACAACAGUCCCAGGACGUUCAAACUAGGCCACUUCAACGGCGUGGAUUUGCUUCCGAGUCGAUAUGUGGUCCCCUCCCUCCGCGAGCAAAACUCCAAUAAAUUCGAAGCUGUGGACCCACAUCCGGUUGAGAGGAAAUCCAAACGUCAUCAUCCGGAAGAGAGAGUCAUUACGUCAUCUCCUCUCAACAAUAGUGCCCUCUAUAAAGCCAAGUCUGAGUCUGAGCUCAGCAUGGAGCAGAAGAAUAGUUCCCUGGGUGGGAGCUACAAGUACCUGCCCCUCAGGGAAGCUCUAGGGAAGCCCAAUGAGGCAGUUGUGACCGACUCUCCCACCAAAGUCAGCAGCGUAUCUCAGGAAGACUUGAGGUUCUCAAGCAUGCAGGCAAUGAGCUUCGACGGGAAGAAGGCAUACAGCGUGGACGUGGGUCUACAGAGUCUGGGUCUCGAGCGACACUCGCCGCGGAAAUUCAACCCCUCCCCCGAAAAACUGACCCCCCAGAGGGACGCCGGGGAGUCUCCCAUUGGUACCCCACGCAUGCACAGAAAGAGUUACUCCCAGGAGAGGGAGGGGUUUGGCGAUGUGGAACACGCUCGGAAGAACCUUGGUCAUGGUCUUAGUUCCGACAGUUGGGCGGAAGUUCUGCUGCGAACGAAGGAGCCGGUCAAAAACCUGGUCCAAAAGUUCGAACCAAAAAGUCAGUGACCGUACUAUUGAGCUUCAAAAGUCAGUGACAGUACUAUUGAGCUUCAAAAGUCAGUGACCGUACUAUUGAGCUACAAAAAUCAGGGACAGUUGAAGUAAAUUUCAAAAGUCAGUGACUGUUCUAGUGAGAUACAACUUUUGCCCAUAUGCCGGUAGUGGUUAAGGACAUAGAAGUGCAUUUUGGGGCUUUCAAGGAUAAUCUUUCAAAUCAUGCAACCUGUGCUAAAACUGUGAAAUCUUCAAACUGUGAAACAUUAACUCUUGGUUGAAGAAUUUUCUUUAUGAAUGAAAUCUUUUUUUUUAAAUCAGAAACUUUCUGGGAAAAGAAAAAUGAUUACUGACGGCCAAAGCCUCGAAUGCAUUACAAAAUGAGUCUCAAAAGAUUUAAACAAAAAAAGCAUUUAACAAUUCUCCACAAAAUGAAAACGGGUUUCUGUGUCUCUUCCAAACCUUAGGAAUCUAUCUGUGAUAUAGAUAUUGCCUCCGUCCAUCCAUGCUUCAUUGAUUUAUAAAUAUGAAUGUCCUCUUUAUUAAAUCCUCUUAUGUUGUGACCAUUAAACAUUGUCCUUAAUAUAAUGCAUUAUGUUAAGGACAAUGCAUAUUUUUAUGUACUGAUAUAUCCAUGGUCAACAAAAGAGCGGAUUUUAUUUUAUUUUGACUCUGAGAAUCAUAUGAAUGAAAAACCAAAUAUGUCAGAUAUGGCUAAAACACAUGUAGCAUAUUGAUUCAAUAUAAACUACUAGUGCGUGUAUAUUCUUCAGUAUUAUUAGAUUUAAUGUACAGUACAACAGUUUUAAGGAAAAUGAUAAUGUCAAUUUUAUUAAAAGAUUAAAACCAGACUUAUUCUAAUUUAGCAGGACGUAUUAGUAACUUUUUUUUGUUUUACUUUAGAGUGUUUGGGUGCUCCAUUACUAUCAUAGUACAUGUAUUAUUGAUUGUCUUCAUUGUAAUAACCAGGUCAGGAAUAAGAAUAAGAGUUAUCACAGAAUUUAGAAGCUAGCUAGUGAAAGGUACAUGUAUUUAAUAUAAUUAUUGAGAAUAGGUAAAUGAAUAUAAAUAUGCACGGCUGGCUAAGGGAUAUAUUCAAUAUAUAUGACAAAACAAGGACUGAUAUUUUGACAAACUGAACGUUAAUCUCUUGUAAUGUUUUGCCUUGGGCCUAAAAAAAAAGUUGUGUGUUUAGGGUAACCCGACCUAACCUACAAAAAUGCCCCGAUCCUACCAUUUUUAGAUGUCUGUUUUUAUCUGAUUGUGAAUUUUAUAUUAUUUCUAUUAAAAAAUUCAUUUUUGAAUAUUACACAAACAAACAUUUUUAGGAUUCAUGCAGCAAAAAAUACGAUAAAAUAAAAAAAAAUUCCCUACCUACCUAACCUAAUUUUUUCAUUAGUGUUACCCUAAACACACAAUUUUUUUUUAUAGGCCUUGUAAGUAAUUUUCUAUCAAAAUUUUCCACUUUGCAAUGUGCCAGUCCCAGUGAAGUUUGCUUUGUUUUGCCUUGAUUUUCUAAAUAGAGCAGCUAUGUAUGUAUGAAUAGACAGGUGUAUCACACAGGCAUUAAAACUAGAUCUGCUUGUCCUUAUAAACACUUUCUCCUAUUUCUUCUCAACUUUAACAUUCUCCACAUUUAUUCUUGAUAUUUUCACGUUUUUUUCUAUUAUCAAUGCUGUUUUGUAAUAUUACAGUAAUUAAUAAUAUUUGCUAUCUUCUGAUUACACUUGUAUUUAUCAGCUGAUCACGUGACUAAUCAUGAUUAAUCAAUCGUGUAUAACCACAGUUAACUCCCUUUUUUCUCACGUUACUAAUAUUCCUUGUAACUUUCGCUUUCAUUUUGUGUCACCUCACAUACUAACAAGAAAUAUUGAGUAACAAAGAGGGGUCCCCAUCAGAAUCCGAAAACAAAGCAAACUUAAACGAAUUUGAACAGCCAUUAAUUUAUGGACAGGAAAUAGUAUUACUAUUGAAUCUAUAUUUGUCAUUCUCAUUACCUUGUUUGAUUUUAAACUUUGACCUUGAUUAACCUUGACAUGUUAUUGACAUGACCUUGAACAGACCUUGCCAAGAACGAGAAAAAACAGAUUACAGAGUCAUUUUUUAUAAUGUCACAUUUACAUUAUGUAUAUUAAAAAUGUCUUUUUUUGCAAACAAAGGGCAUUUUUAAUUUCAGGAUAAGAUUUCUGUAGUAAAGUUUAUGUUUAUUUAUUUAUUUAUUUUUAGUUGUAUAUUGUACAUAUGUCAAUAUUGCUCGUGAGCUUAUGUGUUUCAGUAUUACGAGCAGAUGUAUUAUUAAUUAAUCUUUAAAAAUUGAGCAUACUUUCAUUUUCAUUUGUGAUUUUCAAGAAUUGAUAUUUGUUCCCUAGACCGAUUUUUUGCAUUUAGUGUAACCAUGGACAACACAUGUCACGUGGUCUUUUAAGUAUUUUAUUCAUUGAAACAAGAUCUGUAUAUAAAGCGCUUUGUGUAAAUAAUUUUUACUUCCUUCAUAUUUAUUUUUUUAAACUUGAUUUUUGCGGUCUGUGAUUUAAACAGAUCAAACGAGGAAAGAAGAGAAAAUAAAUACAAAUAUUUAACA